AUGUCCGCCGCCGCGGCGCUCUCACGGCCGCCGCCGCCGCCAAAUCCUAGCGCCGCCGAUCGCGACGACUCUGUCAAUUCCCUCCUCGCCUCCCUCUCCAACCCGUCCGCCCUCCGCCUCCUCCCCACUCCGCUCCUCCUCCACGCGCUCUCCCUCUCCCUCGGCCUCUCCCGCCACCCGCUCCUCCUGCCCCGCCUCGUCUCCUUAUACUCCCACCACCCCUCCCUCCUCCCCGCCGCCUCCUCCCUCGCCUCCGGCUCCACGUGCCCCCAGCCACACAAUGUCGUCAUCUCCGCCUGCCUCAGUCAUGGUCUCCCGCGCCACGCGCUUGCAGCGUACCAGGAGAUGGUGGGCAAGGACGCCGUGCCCCCGGACUCCUUCACGUACCCCUCCGUGCUCCGCGCCUGCGCCGAGACCGGUGACCUCGCGCUCGGGCGGGCGGUGCACGUGCGUGCCGCGGACGCCGGCAUGGACGGGCACUUGAUUUGCCAGAACGCGCUGGUGUCCAUGUACGCGAAGUGCAGGGACCUCGUCGCCGCGCGCAGGGUGUUCGACGGAAUGGGCCACAGGGAUGUGGUGUCGUGGAACUCGAUGAUCUCCGGCUAUGCUGCAUCUGGGCUGUGGAGAGAGGCGGUGGAGCUAUUUCAUCGGAUGCGGGCUGAGGGUGCAGAAGUGAACUCGGUGACAUGGAACACAAUUGCCGGCGGUUACAUUCAGAUGCGUGAUUAUAAGGCAGCAGUUCGGUUGAUUUGUGAUAUGGUAAGAGGUGGUGCAGGGGUUGACUUUGUGACUUUGGUGAUUGGAUUGAAUGCUUGCUCACGGGCAGGAUGGUUGAGGCUUGGGAAGGAGAUACAUGGAUUGGCAGUCCGCAUGCACUGCGACGGAAUCGAGAGCGUGAGCAAUGCGGUGAUCACGAUGUAUGCCAGGUGCAAGGAUAUGGAGCGUGCUCUCAUGCUGUUCAAAAUGCUGAGGUGCCCAGGCCUGGUGACAUGGAAUACGAUGAUAGCUGGUUUUGCAUUGUCGGAUGAUGCAGAAGAGGCUUCUAGGCUUUUCCGUGAAAUGGUAUGCAGUGAUGUGGAGCCUAAUUAUGUUACUGUUGUCACCUACCUUGCACUCUGCGCUCGUGUUGCUAAUCUGCAACAUGGGCGGGAGCUUCACACCCACAUUGUUAAGCAUGGUUUCAAAGGGUAUUGUUUGUUGUGGAACUCUCUUAUAGAUAUGUACUCCAAGUCAGGGAGGCUCUCGGUGGCACAAAAUGUCUUUGAUACCAUGGAUGACCGUGAUAUGAUAUCCUACACUUCAAUGAUCGCAGGAUACGGAAUGCAAGGAAAAGGGGCAGUUGCCCUGCGCCUUUUCAACCAGAUGGUUGACAGUGGGAUCAUGCCAGAUGCCAUCAUCAUGGUUACUGUGCUCUCUGCUUGUAGCCAUUCUGGGCUUGUGGAUGAAGGAGAAGAACUUUUUGACAAGAUGGUUCAUUCAUUUGGUAUAAAGCCCCAGAUGGAACAUUAUUCUUGCAUGGUUGAUCUAUAUGCACGUGCCGGAUUACUGGAAAAGGCAGAGGAUUUGCUUAAUCGGACUCCCUUCCCUCCAACAUCCACAAUGUGGGCAGCAUUAGUGGGAGCUUGCCAUGAUCAGGGUAACAUAAUAAUAGGUGAAAGAUCAGCAAGGAGGCUCUUGGAGAUGAAGACAGAGAAUGCUGGGCACUAUGUUCUGGUUGCUAACAUGUAUGCAGCUGCAGGUUGCUGGAAUGAGCUAGCGACGGUCAGAAAGCUGAUGAGGGACCUGGGUGUCACAAAAGCACCUGGGUUAGCAUGGGCUGAUCUUGGUAAUGGGUUUACCCCCUUUCUUGUUGGGGAUAGGUCCAACCCACUAGCUCCAGAAAUCUAUGAGGUUUUGGAUGAACUGACUGAACAAAUGAGGAAUAUGGAUGCUUGCAGUGAUCUGGACAUAUUAUCCACAGAGGAACUCAUGGAGUAA